CGUUCCCCCACCAUCCCAAAGCAUGCCCAUAUUCUCGUUCCUCUACCUUUUCCUCUCGGCCAUAUCUCUCGCAGAUGCAGCGGGAUGGGUUGGGGUGAAUUAUGGCCGACUUGCCGAUGACUUACCUGCACCCGCCAAAGUAGUCGAGCUCUUAAAAGACCAAGGAAUCAGAGGAGUAAAAAUAUUCGACACCGAUCCCACCGUCCUCACCGCCCUCGCUAAGACUGGCAUAUCCGUCAUUGUGUGCGUCCCAAACCAGCUCCUUUCCUCCGCUGCCGCCAGCCAGUCCUUCACUGACCAGUGGGUCCAGGCGAACAUAACCAAGUUCCACCCGACCACAAAAAUUGAAGCCAUUGCUGUCGGAAAUGAAGUCUUCGUCGACCCCACCAACAUCACCAAGUUCCUCGUCCCAGCAAUGAAGAACAUCUACGCUUCCCUUCAGAAGUACAAACUCGGUGACUCCAUCAAAGUAUCCUCCCCAAUUGCUUUCAGUGCUCUCGCAUCCUCCUACCCAACUUCAUCUGGUUCCUUCAAACAGGAUCUCGUUGACUCUGUCAUGAAGCCCAUGCUGGAAUUCUUCCGCCAGACCAAAUCCUACCUCAUGGUUAACAUCUACCCCUUCUUCGCCUAUUCCGCUAACUCCGACAAGAUCUCCCUCAACUACACUCUCUUCCAAGACAAUCCUGGCGUCUUGGAUUCCGGUAGUGGCUUAAAAUACUUUAGCCUUUUCGAGGCUCAAGUUGACGCUGUUUAUGCGGCUAUGAAAGCGCUGAAAUACGACGACAUUCAGUUGGUCAUUACGGAGACCGGGUGGCCAUCAAAAGGAGAUGAUGGGGAACUUGGAGCGAGUGUGGAGAAUGCAGCAUCCUAUAAUGGAAAUUUGGUGCGUAGAGUUCUAACGGGAGGUGGGACCCCUAUGAAACCAAAGGACCCCAUCAAUGUCUAUUUGUUUGCACUAUUUAACGAGUACCAGAAACCAGGUCCAACAUCGGAAAGGAAUUAUGGCCUAUUUUACCCUAACGAACAGAGGGUAUACAAUAUUCCACUCACAAUUAACCAACUUAAGACUCGGCCUAAGACGUCAGUCAACGGAAGUAAUGACCAAAUGUCGCCUACUACUGGAAAGCCAUCUUCUCAGGGUCAAACGUGGUGUGUGGCCAACGCGAAUGCUGGAGGGGAUAAGCUCCAGGUGGGGCUUGAGUAUGCAUGUGGGGACGGAGGGGCCGAUUGCAGUCCAAUCCAGCCAGGUUCCACAUGCUAUUAUCCUAAUUUGCUCGAGGCACACGCUUCAUACGCUUUCAAUAGUGUUUACCAAAAUAAUGGUCGUGCGGCUAAGUCUUGUGAUUUCGAUGGCGCUGCUUAUGUCGUUGAUCAACCUCCCCAGUAUGGAUAUUGUGAAUUCACUACGGGACCUGAUAGUGGGACGUCACCUAGUAGUGGGACACCACCUGCCAAUGGGACGCCACCCGUUGUUGGGACGCCACCUAGUAAUGAGACACCUCCUACCAAUGAAACACCAUCAUCCCAAGGUCAAACGUGGUGUGUGGCAAAUGCAAACGCUGGGGAGGAUAAGCUUAAGGCGGGGCUGGACUAUGCUUGUGGGGUGGGAGGCGCGGAUUGCGGUCCGAUCCAACCGGGUUCCACGUGCUACAAUCCUAAUUCACUUGAGGCCCACGCUUCGUAUGCUUUCAAUAGCUUUUAUCAAAAGAAGGCUCGUGCGGCUGGAUCCUGCGAUUUCGAUGGAGCUGCUUCUGUCGUUGAUCAACCUCCCCAGUAUGGAGAAUGCGAAUUCCCUACAGGGCCAGAUAGUGGGACACCAGUUAGUAGUGGGUCACCGCCGAACACUGCGAUGCCGCCGCCUAGCAGUGUGACACCUUCGCCCCAAGGUCAAACGUGGUGUGUGGCCAACGCGAACGCUGGGCAGGAUAAGCUCAAGGCAGGGCUGGAGUAUGCGUGUGGGGAGGGAGGUGCUGAUUGUGGUCCGAUCCAGCCGGGUUCCACGUGCUACAAUCCUAAUACUCUUGAAGCCCACGCUUCAUAUGCUUUUAAUAGCUUUUACCAAAAGAAGGCUCAUGCUACUGGGUCGUGCGAUUUCAAUGGAGCAGCUUCCGUUGUUGAUGAACCUCCCCAGUAUGAAGACUGUGAAUUUCCAACGGGGUCUGACAGUGGGACAUCGCCUAGCAGUGGGACGCCUCCUAGUAGUGGGACACCGCCUGCAAGUGGGACGCCGCCUGCAAGUGGGACGCCAUCGUCCCAGGGUCAAGCGUGGUGUGUGGCCAACGAGAACGCUGGUGCGAAUAAACUCCAAGCAGGACUAGAGUAUGCAUGUGGGGUGGGAGGUGCCGAUUGCGGUCCGAUCCAACCUGGUUCCACGUGCUUCAAUCCUAAUACACUCGAGGCCCAUGCUUCGUACGCUUUCAACAGCUUUUACCAGAAAAAGACUCGUGCGGCUGGGUCUUGCGAUUUCGACGGAGCUGCGUACGUCGUUGAUCAACCUCCCCAGUAUGGACAAUGUGAUUACCCUACGAGUUAAUGAGUUCGCAUGAUCGAUUAAAGAAAUUCGUUGGCAAGAAUAUUUUAUUUUCAUUUACGGAUAUAUUUGAAUGUAAUUGUUCAAUAAUAUACUACUUUUAUGUUUAUUUGAA